UGGUGCACGCCGGGAGCUGUAGUCCCGUGUGCCUCCCCGGCGGGCCGAGGCGCGGACUGCAGCUCCCGGCGUGCGGCGGCCGCGGGCUGAGGGAACCCGGCGGGCCAUGAGCGGCGCCGGGGGCUCGGAGCGGCUGGAGGAGCAGCCGGAGGAGCGGCAGCGCGUUGUCCCCCCGGUUCUAGCUCUGAGGCAGGAAGGUGUCCUGCAGGAGCUGGUGCUCGGAGCGGGGCAGCCCCCAGACCCUGGGAUCAGCGAGGAGCAGCGCCGGGCCCGGGAGGAAUGGGAGGCUCUGGAAGAGAUCCAGUCAGGGUUGGGGGGCACCUCAGCCGCGCCCCCCCCUCCGAUUUCCUUCACUGAGGCGCUGCAGCACUUCCAGAGCGCGGAGCUCUCCGAGAGCCGGGGGAAGGUCCGCGCACCAGGACGCCGGGGCAUCCUGGCUGCCCUGCUCCGCUGCCUCCGGGGGCCACCCCGGCUCCGGCCGCAGCUCCAGGGGGAGCAGGAGCUGGCGCUGGCCAUGGCACAGUGCGCCCUGGAUGACUCAGAGCGGGUGCACAUGCAGAUCCUCCAGACCAUCUACCGGCAGCUGAUGCGCUCCAGGCUGGGCUGCCCGCGCUACGGAGCACACUGGGAGCAGCUGGGCUUCCAGGGUGUGGAUCCUGGGACCGACCUGCGUGGGACAGGAAUGCUGGGGCUGAUGCAGAUCCUGUUCUUUGUCCUGGAUUCCCGGACACUGCCACUGGCACAGGAGAUUUUCCAGCUCUCCCAGCACGAAACCCAGAAUUUUCCCUUCUGCAUCAUGUCGGUGAACAUCACCCGGAUGGUCAUCCAGGCGCUGCGGGAGGAGCGGCUCUCCCGGGAAUGCAACCGGCGGCAGCAGGUCAUCGGAGUGCUGAACGACCUCUACGCCGCUGCCUUCCUGCGGCUCUUCCACCUCUGGAAGGGGCAGCACGGGACCAUCACUGACGCUGGCUUCUUCCUCAAGGAGCUGGAAUUAUCCACCAAAAAGAAGCCGAGGCAGCUGCUGAAAUCUCUGGAAGCCUACAUGAGCCGUGGCCUUCAGCCUCCCUCCUCUCCCUCCUCCCAGAUCCACUUCACCAGCAUUUGUGACCCUGGGGUCGAGCUGGAGGGAGAUUCCCAACUGAUCUGACACGGGGUGGGAUGCUGCAAAGGGAAUUCUGCUGGUGGAUCAGCCCUUGGAGGGAGAGACGCCAGUGUUCCCCCUGAUUUGGGGGCUCAGGCAGGGCCAGGAGAGGUCACAGAGCCAGGAUUUUGCCUGCUCCAGGUGGGAAUCUCUGGAAGCGAAGGAGGAGGAGGCGGUGGAGCAGGGCAUUCCAUGAGCCUGGCGCUGGGAUAGUCCCUCCGUCCAUCUCAAAUCCAGGGUCCCACCCGGGUCCUUACCCUCCCCAGGUGGAGCUGGAAGGGGGGUGCCGGGUCCCUGGGUCCCAUCCCAGCUCCAGCAGCGCCCAGGACAGGUAACCCCCACUUUGGGCUGCGACAGCUUCAUGGGGGCUGGGUGACCCCAGGGUCACUGUGGGGUGUCAGCACCCAAAAAAGUUAUUAAAGGGGGGAGAUGAGGUAUCUGGUGGGAAAGAGAGUUUUGAAUUUGGAUCCUGUGGCUGGGAGGGGGAAAGGCGAACUGGGAGUGCCCAGAGUCUGAUUUGGGGUGAAAAAGGUGUUGUGGAGGAGAGAAGUGAGAGUUGAGAGCUCCAAGGAGGGGAGGAAGGGUUAUUCCCUCUGGGAGCAGAUCAAGGCCAGUGCUUGGGAAUGUCCCCAGGCCCCUAAAAAUGGGGGAAAAACAGCCCCCAAUGCCCAAAUCUGGAGAGAAAUGAGGGGUUUGGAGGAGAGAAGUGGGAGCUGGGGGGAGAGUGGAGUAUUGUGGCCCCAGCCCCCCUGAGAUGGCGAUGAUUCCUGGGGGCUGAGAAUGCUCCUGGAUGGAAAAAAAAUACAAUAAAUGGAGAAAAAGGAGCCUGGAA